AUGAGUGCUCCCAAUCUGCUACCCGUAUGCAGCGACAAGCGCCUGCUUACUGAUGCCGACUUGGACGCUGCUGGGGUGCCCGAGAAGUACUUUGCGAGAGCGUUCUUGACGCAGGCUCGUACGCCGCGCUUGGCUAAUAUCGCGCCUGGGAUUGCGGUACCACACGACGCACGCGCAUUUGCCGCUCGUCAGGUCUUCACGCGACUUCAACAAGGCGGUAACGACGACAUUGACGACGAUCAUCUGAUGGUUCCCCCGAUCCCCAUGUUUGCAUCUUCCGAAGACCGCACGACCGGCUUUGAGACUGCUGAUCGGUAUAUAAGCAAGAAUCCGUUCCUGCGAGAGUUUCACCUCGCCCCUGGUAGUAACAACCAUGCUCCGGCCGGCGUAUAUAGCGAAUCGAUUAAGCUAGGGUCAAUGGAAGCAGCCGGCGAUGGCUUUCAGCUCCUGCUUCCCUUUGGCCUCAUUGGGGCCAAAGACGGCGCCAGGUUGAGUGAUGGACUUCCUUUAGCUGAGGGUUCGGUGGCCGCCUUGUUCCAGCAUGGGAGUUUCCCUCUGGGAGGCGUCGAUCGGGCGCAAAGGCUGGAGAGAUUGUUUUAUGCCUGGGUUGGUCUGAUUGAACGUGGCGUGUGGCAAGCAGGGCCAACUGGUGUAGAGGGAUCUAUAGAGGUGUUUGGAGAUGCCGAUACUGCUUGGCAGGACUACUGGAUUCCCCUAGAUUUAGAUAUUUAG